AUCCAGUACCUUUAGAUACUUGUACAUCAGUAAUCUCGACAUUCUCUUGUCUUCAGCAAGAUUCUUAUCCAAGUUCAGAUUAGCUCGAGUAUAAAGUCAAUGGCGGCUGUUGGAUUAGUCUCUCAACUACUGUCGAAAUACUCAAGUUCCGAUAAGAAUGGAACCAACGAACCAAACCUGAUUUCUUACACAACCGCUUGUGAAGAAGAUCCAGAGCUCAAAUCCUUUGGUUCUUCGCUUGACCAACGAUUUAGCAAAUUGAAUCGCUCGCUCACUACAGGAGUCAAGACUGAAAAUUUUUCCCUACACGCAGUCAAGUCGGUGUGCGGGUUUCUAGUUGAAAUGAACCAAAAUUUGGUCGAGAACAUUAUCGCCAACGUAGAUUUAUUGAAGAACGAAGAACUAAGGUCUUUGGUCGAUCUCUAUUAUGAGAGUUCCACUAGUACUUUAGAUCUAUUUAAUACAGUGGGGAACUGCACCAAUAAAGCAAAAUUAAGCAUUCUGAUCAUUCGAAUCGCGAUCCAACAGUUUGAAAAAGAGUCGAUGGACACAGAGAUUGGAAGAAACAAGAAGAAGUACGCCGAAACGUUAGAGGAGCUGAAUAAGGUCAAAGCUAGGGGGGAUCCUUUUGGUGACGAGUUCAAGGAUCAGUUGAAGUCUGUACGCGCUGAGCACCUUAAGAUUUUAGAGAAGGUCCAUGAGCAGGUGAUGAAGCUUGAUAAACAACAGGGUAAAUUAAAGAGAAGGAGGAGAUUGACGACUAUUUUUUUCUCUACUAUGGUUUUGUCUUUUUUGGCCGUAGAGAUUUGUUCAAACAUAGUAGGCGUACCUCCAUUGGUGCAAGGUACUGCGUUUGGGUUGAACCUCCUGAUGACACCUUUAGGACUAUAUCUCAACGAGAUGAUGAAGAACCGUGAGAAGGAUUUGGAUAGACAGAAAGAGGUGGUCAAUAUUAUGGAGAAAAAUACUAAUGUCAACAUCCAGUGGACAAAUACGAUAAAUAGCCUAGUCGAGAAGCUUACGACGAGUCUCUCAUUGAUUUUGGGGUCUAUGGAGCUUGCUGUUGUGAAAAGAGAAGAGGAGGCCGCAAAACCUCUGGUGGAAGCAAUCCUUAAGGAAGUGGAUGCGUUUGCUAGUACAAUUCAGGAAGCUGGUGAAGCUGUGGCUAAGUGUAUCUCAUGUGUCGCUUCUGGGAAACUACAAGUUCUGGAACACAUAACCAAUUCAAUGUCAUUGUAAGGGAAUAAGAAGUAAACUAUCCAACGUAUUUAUACUUUUAUAUUAAUGUUUGAAGUGUGCGAAACUUGUGUUCUCUUUCCUUUAUCAACACCGAAUAACCAUUUAGGUUUUCCAAGUAUCCAUUUACC